AUGACUUCUCAAAUAGAGGUGUUUAUCAAAGCCCUCUCCCGGCUUCUAGGAUGGUCUUACAUGCUUUGUUGGUCAGGAUCUUUUUAUCCCCAACCUCUCACCAACAUUAAGCGCAAGUCGACGGUCGGCUUAUCGAUUGACCUAUCUACAAUUAAUCCAUUGGGCUUCAUCUGCUAUGCGAUAUACACCGGCGCAUUCUUAUACUCCCCGGUCAUUCGCGCACAGUAUGCCGCUCGGCACCCGGCCGCCGAGGAGCCAACAGUGCGGCUCAACGAUUUUGUGUUUGCAGCUCACGCGGUGGUGCUGACUUUGAUCAUGUAUACGCAAUUUUGGCCAUUUAUUUGGGGUCUGCAUGUGUCCCGCUUCCAGAGGAUCAGCUGGCUGAUGGCUGGUCUCUUUUGGGGAUCUGUUCUCGCUCCGGUGGCGGUGAUGUGGAUUGUAUUGGCGCGUAGCCCGGAUGGGGGACAUGACCCUUCAUCCUGGGCAUGGAUUGACGUGAUUUACUCAUUUUCAUACGUUAAGCUUUUGAUCACCAUUGUGAAGUACAUGCCGCAGGUGUGGUUGAACUACCAGCGCAAAUCGACGGUGGGCUGGAGUAUUGGGACUAUUCUGCUCGAUUUGGCUGGCGGGGUUCUUUCGAUGGUUCAACUGGUUCUUGACUCCAGUCUCCAGAGUGAUUGGAGCGGGAUCACUGGUAACCCGGUCAAGCUGCUGCUCGGGAAUGUUACCAUCUUCUUCGAUAUGAUCUUCGUGAUCCAACACUAUGUCUUAUACCGGGAAGACUCGAAAAGAACCCCUGGCCCGGGCGUGCGAACACCACUGCUCGCGCACGACAAUCCUGUGCGAGCCCAGGCAUGA